AUGGCGUUGAGCUCCCACGAGGUUGCGCAACUCAGGGUGGCCCUGCAGGACGCGGUUGUCAAGUGCUCUGAGCGAUGUCUCUACCAAUCGGCAAAAUGGGCAGCCGAGCUCCUCAAUGCAGUGCCUGAAUCGGAGGACGGCGAGGAAGAGACGGCUGGCUCCGAGCUCAAGCACGCCUCGCCCAUCUUUUCACCAAACCAGGACGCCGACGAGGCCGCUCUGGAGGCAAAGGAGCUCAGCAAGUACCUCCUCGCCAAGUCUCUGUUUGACUGCAAGGAGUAUGAUCGUUGCGCCGCCGUCUUCUUGCCGGACUCACUGCUGUCCACUGUUCUCGACUCGCGCCUCGAGAAGCCCUCGGUAGCUGUCAAGGGCAAGGGCAAGUCCAAGGCAACGGAUGACACGAAGCUGAGUGCGGUUCCGCUGCCCAAGCUGAGCCAAAAGAGCCUGUUCUUAGCGCUGUACGCCAAGUUUAUGUCUGGCGAGAAACGCAAGAAUGAAGAGUCGGAAAUGGUCAUGGGCCCCCAGGAUCUCGGAACCGUCGUCAACAAGCAGCUUCUCAUUGUUGGGAGGUUUCUGGCCGCUUGGUUUGAAGAGAGGACGACAGACGAUGACGAGGUUCUCGGAAGCCAAGGUUGGCUGGAAUACUUAUAUGGUAUGGUGCUUGCCAAAGAAAAGAAUGAUGAGAAGGCGCUGGAGUUUCUCAUACGCAGUGUCCACAAGUACCCCAUGAACUGGGGCUGCUGGUUAGAGAUGACGUCUCUGAUAUCAAGAGUCGAAGAUUCAGCGGGGCUUGCCAACUCUCUUGAUCAGCUCCUUUCCAUCUUCCCAACCUCAUCAUUUCUACUCACAUGCAAUGCGCUACUAGCCUACCAUGCAAAGGAUUUAAUGGCUGCCGAGCAACAUUUCAGCCGGUUGCUAUCGCUUCAUCCACACAGAUUGGACUCCUUGGACCACUAUUCAAAUAUUCUCUAUGUGUUGAAUCUGCGGCCAAAGCUCGCAUUUCUAGCUCACCUAUGUUCGAGCGUGGACAAGUUUCGACCGGAAUCCUGCGUCGUCAUAGGAAACUACUACUCGCUCUUAUCAAUGCAUGAGAAAGCGGUGGGAUAUUUCCGGCGAGCACUAACACUUGACAGAUCCUGUCUCUCAGCCUGGACCUUGAUGGGCCACGAAUACGUGGAGCUGAAGAACACUCAUGCUGCUAUAGAAUCAUACCGCCGGGCUGUGGAUGUCAAUCGGCGCGACUACCGUGCUUGGUAUGGUCUUGGACAGACGUACGAAAUGCUGGAAAUGCAUACCUAUUCGCUGUGGUACUAUAAAAAGGCGGCAGGCCUUCGUCCCUGGGACGGUAAAAUGUGGAUGGCGGUUGGAUCAUGCCUCCAGAAGAUGGGUCGAGAGCGUGAUGGCAUCAAAGCACUUAAACGCGCUCUGCUAGCCGAUGCGUACUAUGACGUUGGCAGCAGCUUUGGAAGCGGCGGCGAUCUGCUGGGUGCUCGUGGCGCCACCGGCCAAAUGGACCCAGAGAUAUUGCUACAAAUUGCUACGAUGUAUGAUCAGCUGGGCGAAGAAGAAGAGUCAAAGGCUUACAUGGAGCUGUGCAUGGCGCAAGAAGAUGGCGGCCCGGCCGCUGCUGGAAAUCUUGGUGAGUCUGUGAGGAUUCAUAAUGACUCACCGGGAGGCUCUGAAGGCUAUCCUGAGCGAGAUGAUACCAAUGCAGAGGGGAAUGCUGAGGGCACUGGCGUCACGGCUGCGACCAGCAAGGCUCGGAUGUGGCUGGCCAAAUUCGCUAUGCGCACGGCAGAUUAUGCGACGGCGAAUCGACUGGCAGCUGAGCUGUGCCAGGAUGGAGUCGAAGUAGAGGAGGCCAAGGCUUUGGCACGGGAAGUCAGAUCGAGACUUGAGGCAUCCGGGAUGUUGGGGCCUGCAGGCUAG